AUGGGCAAGAAGGGCAAGGGCGCCGCGCCGGGCGACGCGAAGGCGGACGCGCGGACCCUGUUCGUUCGGGGCAUCGCAAAGGAUGCCACGGAGCAGUCUAUCGAGGCACACUUCUCCGAGAUCGGCCCGGUCAAGCGCACCAUCCUCGUGAAGAAGAAGGGCUCGGAAGAACACCGCGGAUUCGGGUUCGUGCAUUUCGCCCUCAAGGAGGACGCGGAGCGCGCCGCGAGCGAGCUCAACGGCACGCCUCUGCUCGGCAAGGCGCUCCUGGUCGAAGUUGCGCUGAAGCGGCACCGCGCGGGCGGCGAGCCGGAUGCCACGGCGCCGCCCGCCGUCGCGCACAAGGCUCGCGCCACGCGCAAGGAGCGUCCGGACGACGCGGGCGCCGCGCCGGAGCCCGCGCCGAAGAAGCAGAAGCAGGAGCCGGACGCGGCACCGAAGGCCCCGGCGGCCGGCGGCAGCAGCUACCAGCGCCGCGCGCGGUCCGUCGCGCUGGGCAACCUGACGCAGGAGACCCUCGGUGCCGCGAUCCGGAUGGCCCGGUCGGCGGGGGACGUCGAGGCCGUGGUGAAGCCGAUCUCCGAGGCGGACAUGGAGCGCGAGCACCUGCGGAAGGACGGGUGCCGCGGGGCGACGUGCGUGGUGGUGUACAAGACGGUCAAGGACGCCAUGGCAGCGGUGAAGGCGUUGCAUGGGCAGGAGGUGAUCGCGGACCGCGGGAAGGCGAAGAAGAAGCGGGGCAAGGGCAAGCGGGCCGCGGGGGACUCGAGUGACGAGGCGGAGGAGGAUGCGGAGGGGGGGGGUGUCGCGGCGCGGGUGUGGGCGCGGCAGGUCGGGGGCGAGGGGUCGCACGUGAAGAAGUGGCGGCUGAUCGUGCGGAACGCGGCGUUCGGCAUGACGACGGACCACGUGCGGAAGGCGUUCCGCAAGGCGGGGGUGUUUGUGUGGGACAUCACCAUGCCCAAGGGGCCCGACGGACGGACGCGCGGGUACUGUUUCGUGUCGUUCACGACGCAGAAGGACGCCGAGGAGGGCAUCCGGGCGGUGAACGGGCAGAAGCUGCACGGCCGCGUCGUGGCCGUGGACUGGGCGGUGAGCAAGCGCGAGUACGAGGCGAGCAAGGGCGCGAAGCCGGCGGACGCGGCCGGGGACGACAGCGAGAGCGAGAGCGAGAGCGAGAGCGAGAGCGAGAGCGGGGAGGAGAGCGGGAGCGAGAGCGAGGGUGCGCUGACGUCGAGUGAGUCGGGGGGGGAGGAGUCGUUGUCGUCUGACAGCGGCGAGGACGGCGCGGUCGGGGGCGUCGAGGAGCGCGGGAUGAUGCAGCGGCUCGCGCGCGACGUCGUCAAGGGACACGAGGCGGACGGUGACGACGACGGGGACAGCGACGAUGGUGACGACAGCGAGUCGGAGACGGAGAGCGACGACGACGACGACGACGACGACGAUGCGAAGGAGGAGGCGUCUCGCAAGAAGGUCCAGGCGCCGGCGCGCAGGCCGCAGGCGAGCGCUCAGGCCGCCGACGGCGCGGGCGAGAUAUCGACGACGGUGUUCGUGCGCGGGCUGCACGCGGACACCACGCCGGAGGUCCUGCGGCUGCGGUUCGAGGCGUUCGGGCCCGUGCGGAUGGCACGCAUCGUGAAGGACAAGGCGACGGGGCGGCCCAAGGGCACGGCGUUCGUCGAGUUCCGCGCGCCCGAGGGCGCGGCGCGCGCGGCGGAGGCGUCUCGCCGCGCGCAGGCGAACAAGGGGCCGGCGAUCACGGUCGGCGGCGCGGAGGUCAAGUGCGACGUGGCGCUCACGGGCGAGGGCGCGCGCGGGCUCGGGCAGACCAUCGCGGACAAGAAGCGCCGCGGCGACAAGCGCAACCUCUACCUGGCGCAGGAGGGCGCGAUCGAGGCCGGGACGCCGGCGUUCGAGGGCAUGUCGGAGUACGACCGGCGGAAGCGCGAGCGCGCCGCCGCGGAGAAGAAGACCAAGCUCGCGAGUCCGAACUUCUUCGUGUCGACGACGCGCCUGUCCGUGCGCAACAUCCCGCCCUCGUGGGACGAGGAGAAGCUGCGGCGCGCGUUCGAGAAGGCCGUGAAGCGGCGCGCGAGCAAGGCGCGGCCGCGCAUCAAGCAGUGCAAGAUCCUGCGCGAGGAGGCGAACGCGGAGGGCGUGGCGCGCAGCAAGGGCCUGGGGUUUUUGGAGUUUUCCGAGCACGAGCACGCGCUGUGCGCCCUCCGCGAGACCAACAACAACCCCGCGGUGUGGGGCGCCGAGCGCCGGCCGAUCGUGGAGUUCACGAUCGAGAACGCGAAGGUCGUCAAGAUGCGCGAGGACAAGGCAGCGAAGCAGCGCGCGCGGGCCAAGGAGCAGCAGCAGCAGGCGGGCGCGGACGGGCAGCGCAGGCGCAGCCGGAGCCAGCGGCGGCAGGAGCGCAAGGCGCUCGAGCGCGCCGCGGCGGCGGCGGGCGCGGACGGCGACGGGGCGGCGACGGGGCGGCGGGGGCGCGGAAGCGGAAGCAGCGGGCCGCGAAGGAGGAGGCCGGGGGCGGCCGCGGGCGGAACUCCAGGAGGGAGGAGCGCGGGGCCGCGCGGGCGCGGGCGCGCGGCGAGGAGGACGCGGCGGCGGCGCGGCGGCGGUCGGAGGAGGCGCAGCUGCACGCAGUGGCGACGCUGGCGGCUGCCGACGGGCGGGGCGCGGGGCGGGGCGCGGAGAAGCCGGGCAAGCGGAAGCGCGGGAAGGAGCAGCACGACCGGCUGGACGCGCUGA